UACGCUGUGCUCUCGUAUACGGCGGGUGAGUGGUGAUUUGCGUACAGUAAAUUGUUCUGCGACGUUUCUAGCGUUUGUUAAUCAGUGCAUCGUCGAUUCUUAGUAGAAGAUCAGGGCGAGAAGGAAUCGUUACGAGAGGAAUUCAAAGAGACGUUCACCGUGCAGGAGUCUUAAAAAGGCCAGCCGAGGAAGAAAGAUGAGGAAGGGGAUGCUGGUGCCCGCACUGCUGGGCGUCUUGAUGGUCUACCGGGCCCAGGCGGUGUCGGAGAGGCUCGAGUUGGCACCCGCUGGAGGAAGAUCAGAGCCGCAAGUUGCCAUAUUAUGCGAAGCCGGAGAGGUUUAUCUCGCACAGCACAUGGGCGAACAAGGUCGUUGGGUCUCCUCGGCAGACAAGAAGAGCUGCAUGAGGGACAAACUGGAGAUUCUCGAAUUCUGCAAGAAGGCAUAUCCAAAGAGAGACAUUACGAACAUCGUAGAAUCGUCGCACUACGUGAGGGUUAAUGGAUGGUGCAAACCUGGCCGAACCAAGUGUAAAUUAUCGCGUUGGGUCAAACCGUACAGAUGUCUCGAGGGGCCUUUCCAAAGCGACGCGUUGCUCGUGCCGGAAGGAUGCCUGUUCGAUCACCUUCACAAUCAAACGAAAUGUUGGGAAUCUCACAGAUGGAACGCGACCGCAGCAGACACUUGCAGAGAGCGAAACAUGAAUCUGAGAAGCUUCGCGAUGCUUCUUCCUUGCGGAAUAUCUCUGUUUUCCGGCGUCGAAUUCGUGUGCUGCCCGAAACACCUGAAAGAAAACAUGAAAGCCAAGAAACCAAUUGACUUACCGAUUCUGAAGAACGUGGAUGAAGAUUUGGACGAAGGCGACGAUGACCUUGACGACGAGGAUGACCUGGACGCCGAUGCUGAAGACGAGGACGACUCGGAGGCUGACCCUGAGGAUGUACUUAGCGAUCAACCGGAUGACGACGAAAGCGACGAAGAAUAUCUCGACGAUUACGACACUACGACAAAUCGAUUGUCAACUACCGUUUCAACUACGGAGAAAACGAAACAGGACGUAACUGCGAUGCCGUUGCCAGUUAGCACCAGCACACAACAAUCUCCGCAAUCGCAAAGUGUAGUCGCUCUUCGUACACCUGAUCCGUAUCUUACUCACUUUGAUCCACGCUCCGAGCACCAGAGCUACAAACAAGCACAAAUGAGGCUCGAAGAGGUGCACAAGGAGAAAGUGACAAAAGUGAUGAAGGAUUGGAGUGACCUCGAGGAAAAGUAUCAGGAUAUUCGCGCCCACGACCCGGUUGCCGCUGAUGCUUUCAAACGAUGGAUGACCGCGCGAUUCCAGGAAACUGUUGCAGCUCUGGAGGAGAGCGGUGCCGCGGAGAAGCAUCAGUUGAGCGCUAUGCAUCAACAAAGAGUGCAAGAAGCUGUUAAACAAAGAAACGAGGAAGCGAUGUCUUGUUAUACUGCUGCUCUAAACGAGACACCGCCAAAUAUGCAUCGGAUUCAAAAGUGUCUACAGAAACUUCUUCGAGCUCUUCAUAAAGAUAGGCAUCAUACUAUUGCUCAUUAUAAACAUCUGUUGGACAGCAGCUUGGAACAAGCGCAACGCGAAAAACCUGCAACGUUGGAACAUUUGGCGGAAAUCGAUCGAAUCACCAAUCAAAGUCUAUUGAUGCUAGAACGGUAUCCUGAUUUAAGCGCAAAAAUUGGCGGCCUUAUGGAUGAUUACGUUUUGGCCCUCAGGAGCAAAGAUGAGACUCCUGGACUGCUGUUAGCGAUGACACGAGAAGCGGAAGCAGCCAUUUUAGAUAAAUAUCAGGCUGACGUCACCAGUAAACAGCAAGAGAAAGAACAUCAGAAGCAACUCGAACGUGCGCGCAAAGAACAACGCAAAGCUGAACGUGGCGAAUUACGAACUGAACAAGCGCAACAAGAAGAAAAUGAUUCGAUCAACGACAACAAGGAUGUUCAACAACAAUCGGAGCAACCUUCGGCAGUAGCAGCUAUGCACAGCGAAGGACUUGUUAGGGCAGCUCAUAGCAUGACGCAUGAUAUGUCCCAUCCUGAACCGGGUUACUCAAUAAGAAGAGGAGAAGUUUAUCACAGAGAAAGUCGAUCCGUUUACUUUACACUUGCGUUUGCUGGAAUUGCACUUAUGGCUGCUGCGGUGGUAGGCGUAGCAGUGUUCAAAAGACGCAGCGCAAGAAGCCCUCAUAGUCAGGGUUUCAUCGAAGUUGAUCAAGCGGCUACACCAGAGGAGCGGCAUGUCGCAAAUAUGCAGAUUAAUGGAUAUGAAAAUCCUACAUACAAAUACUUCGAGGUUAAAGAAUAAUUAAUCACCUCGGUCUAUGAACAGUUUUAUUUCAAACUGAUCUUUAACAAUUAUCUCCAUUCUCGCGCAUAUGUUCUUUAAGAAUCUCAUAGUAUUUUGUUAGUGUAAGUAAUCAGACUAUCAGGUUCGAGGUUCUUCCGAAGAUUCCAAAGGAAACAAUUGAGA